GAAACACAGUUCAUUGUUGGCCAGUCGGUUCCCGAUGCCUCUCGCUGAAGAGUGAGGGACGCUACAGCUUUGCAGCAAGAUCACAUUACAGGGUCACCCACAAGAGUACAAAAGGGAGAGCGACUCAAUCCUUCUAUAUGCUGGGAUCUACUCCCUGAUCCUCUUCAAUCAGCAUUUUGGGAUCAAUCACAAGGGGUGUGCAAUGGCAGACCAUAUCAUGGCAAUGAAUCAUGGCCGCUUUCCAGAUGGAACAAAUGGUCUUCACCACCACCCUGCUCACCGGAUGGGAAUGGGUCAGUUUCCCAAUCCUCACCAUCAGCAGCAACAGCAGCAACAACAACAUGCCUUUAACAGUCUGAUGGGAGAACACAUGCACUACGGUGCAGGGAAUAUGAACUCUAAUACUGGUAUUAGGCAUACCAUGGUAGCGGGGAAUGUAAACGGUGGGCAUCCUAAUGGCAGCAUAGCACCAGCAGCGAGAUUUAACAACUCACAGUUCAUGGGACCGCCUGUUACAAAUCAAGGAGCACAGCUUACUGCUAGCAUGCAACUCCAGAAGCUGAAUAACCAAUAUUUUACACAUCAUCCUUACCAACACAACCACUACAUGCCGGACUUGCAUCCUGCAAAUCAUCAGAUAAAUGGGACAAACCAGCAUUUUAGAGACUGCAAUCCAAAGCACAGCACUGGCAUGCCUCCUUCAGUCAGCCACGUCCCUGCAGCGAUGCUGCCUCCUAGUGUUAUAGACACUGACUUCAUAGACGAGGAAGUUCUAAUGUCCUUGGUGAUAGAAAUGGGUUUGGAUCGUAUCAAAGAACUACCUGAGCUUUGGCUUGGACAAAACGAAUUUGAUUUUAUGACAGACUUUGUUUGCAAACAACAGCCGAAUAGAGUAAGCUGUUAGGGAAAUCAUGCAAAAAAAUAAAAUAAACUUUGAACAUUCCUCCAUGGACACCGAAUCUUGCUUCCAGAGUUCACUAUUAAUCUGUACAGAAUAUAUAUAUCUAUAUUCUUUGAUUCCCACCUUUUUAUUCUUCCUCUCCCACUGCCUUGUUAAUUGAGCCACUUUUCCUGCAGAUAGGGUGUUUCAGCAGUUUGUCUCCUUUCUAGAGUCGACAGUGUAUGGUAUUUUGACAUGAAUCCUUUUAGUUUUUGUUGGACUGCAUCAACAUGAGAUACAAUUGUUGGUUGCAUGAACCUUAAAAGCAGGUCUAUUGCUGCACUAAUGCUGCCAUGUUGCUUCAUUUAAUCUAUGCAUUGCUGUGCCCCUUUUUAAUUUUUGUUGGUUUUAUGCUAACUGGAAGUUUUAACAAUAUGGGCCAAGCCUUGCUGGAUCAGGAUAAGUCCUACUGUUUAGUUUUUAUUUUUGUCUUGCGUUUAAGUAUAUUUCACCCAUGUACAGAAGACAAUAAGGGUGGAAUGUAAUCAGUGUAAAACAUUUCACAAAUUUUUUUUUUCUCCCAAUAAAAUGUUUGACACUGUGCUAAUAGUUAAUUUAGUUCAUGGAAAAAAUACUACUGUGUUUAAAGCUUUUUAGGAAAUUUUGACAGUAUUUUUGUACAAAACUUUUUUUUUUUUUUUUCAGAAAAAUACUUGUUAAUUUAUUCUAUUUUAAUUUGCCAAUGUCAAUAAAGAGCUGCAAAGUGCA